CGUUGCUUUGUAUCUGCUUUCUUUCAUUCUUCUCUGAUCUAGUAUUCACUUCCCUUGCAAACCAACAGACAUUGCCGGGCCUGUAGCAGGAGGAGGAGCACUUCUCUCGGCUUCUCUCCAACUUCUAUUUGAUCGGAUGGCUUCUCGCGACAUCCUCACCUUCCUCCGGGGACAGAAACUCAGUGAGACGCUCCUAAGGAAGUUGCAGAUGAAAUUGCUGGAAGUUCAGGCAGUGCUGAAUGACGCCGAGGCCAAGCAAAUCACGAAUUCAUCUGUUAAAGAUUGGGUCGAUGAGCUGAAAGAUGUCGUGUAUGAUGCGGAGGACCUGGUGGAUGAUAUCACCACUGAAGCUUUACGACGCACGAUGGAGUAUGAUUCUCAAACUCAGGUACGGAACAUCAUCUUUGGUGAGGGGAUCGAGUCCAGGGUAGAGGAGAUCACUGACAUACUAGAAUAUCUUGCACAAAAAAAAGAUGUUCUCGGGUUGAAAAGAGGCGUUGGAGAUAAAUUUUCACAAAGAUGGCAGACAACUUCCUUGGUAGAUGAGUCUGGGGUGUGCGGUAGGGAUGGUGAUAAAGAGGAGAUAGUUAAAUUUUUGUUGUCCCAUAAUGCAAGUGGGAAUAAGAUAAGUGUGAUCGCCCUGGUGGGUAUGGGCGGUAUUGGAAAGACCACACUUGCUCAGGUGGUCUAUAAUGAUAGGAAAGUGGUGGAAUGCUUUGCCCUUAAAGCAUGGGUUUGUGUUUCAGACGAAUUUGAUCUUGUCAGGAUAACGAAAACAAUUGUUAAGGCAAUCGAUUCCGGGACUUCUAAAAAUUCGUCUGAUGACAAUGAUUUGAAUCUGCUUCAACUUAAACUGAAGGAGAGACUUAGCGGGAAGCAAUUCUUUCUUGUCCUUGAUGAUGUUUGGAAUGAAAACUAUAAUAAUUGGGAUAGGCUACAAACUCCCUUCACUGUUGGCCUACCUGGAAGUAAGAUUAUUGUAACUACACGUAGUGAUAAGGUUGCAUCAGUCAUGCGUUCAGUCCGUAUUCAUCAUUUGGGACAGUUAUCCUUUGACGACUGCUGGUCCCUAUUUGCAAAACAUGCAUUUGAAAAUGGAGAUUCUAGUCUACAUCCAGAACUACAAGAAAUUGGCAAAGAGAUUGUGAAAAAGUGUAAAGGAUUGCCUUUGGCUGCAAAGACCCUAGGGGGUGCCUUAUACUCAGAAUCACGAGUAGAAGAAUGGGAAAAUGUAUUGAACAGUGAAACUUGGGAUUUAGCAAAUGAUGAAAUUCUCCCUGCCUUAAGGUUAAGCUAUUCUUUUCUUCCUUCCCAUUUAAAGCAGUGUUUUGCAUAUUGCUCAAUUUUUCCUAAAGACUACGAAUUUGAAAAGGAAAACUUGAUUCUAUUAUGGAUGGCAGAAGGUUUUUUGGACCAAUCUGCAAGCAAGAAAACAAUGGAAAAGGUGGGUGAUGGCUACUUUUAUAGCCUAGUAUCAAGGUCAUUUUUUCAGAAGUCUAGUAGCCACAAAUCAUAUUUUGUAAUGCAUGAUCUCAUCAACGACUUGGCUCAACUUGUUUCCGGAAAAUUUUGUGUUCAGUUGAAAGAUGGUAAGAUGAAUGAAAUUCCUGAAAAGUUUCGCCACUUAUCAUACUUUAUAAGUGAAUAUGAUCUCUUUGAGAGAUUCGAGACCCUUACUAACGUGAAUGGCCUUCGGACCUUCUUACCCUUGACCCUAGGCUAUUUGCCUAGGUAUCACUUGAUGGAUAAGGCUUCAAAGAAUAGGCACCCAUGCACUUAUUUUUAUUUACCAAGGUUUCCAUUGAGUAAUAAAGUUCCAAAUGAUUUAUUACCGAAAAUUCAAUAUUUGCGAGUGUUGUCAUUGUGUUACUAUGGGAUAAUUGAAUUGCCUGAUACAAUUGGAAAUUUGAAACACUUGCGUUAUUUGGACCUUUCCUACACACCCAUCAAAAGAGUGGGCAAAGAGAGUGGGACAAGGGUUGGAGAGUUGAGGGAGCUUUCCCACAUUGGUGGCAUUCUUCGCAUUAAAGAGUUGCAGAAUGUGGUCGAUGGUAGGGAUCCCUCGGAGGCUAAUUUGGUGGGCAAACAGUACCUGGAUGAUUUGCGCUUGGAGUGGAAUGACGAUGAUGGUGUUGAUCAAAAUGAAGCAGACAUAGUGCUCAACAACUUACAACCUCAUUCAAACUUAAAGAGACUCACGAUUCAAGGAUAUGGUGGUUUAAGAUUUCCAGAUUGGUUGGGAGGUCCCGCAAUGCUGAUGAUCAAUAUGGUGUCCCUAUGUCUCUGGCGUUGUAAGAAUGUGACAGCCUUCCCACCGCUUGGACAACUACCCUCUCUUAAACAUUUAUAUAUCAGUGGGGCGGCGGAAGUAGAAAGGGUGGGUGCUGAGUUUUAUGGGACUGAUUCUUCCUCAACUAAGCCUUCCUUUGUAUCCCUCAAAGCUCUGUCAUUUUCGUUUAUGCCAAAAUGGAAGGAAUGGUUGUGUUUGGGAGGCCAGGGUGGAGAAUUCCCUCGUCUCAAGGAGCUUUAUAUACAGUAUUGUCCCAAGCUAACUGGGGACUUACCAAACCAUCUGCCAUUGUUGACGAAACUAGAGAUUGAAGAAUGUGAGCAGCUUGUGGCUCCACUUCCAAGGGUUCCAGCCAUCCGCGAAUUAACGACGAGGAAUAAUAGUGAUGUGUUUUUGAGGAGCCCAGCUAGUGAUUUCAUGCGUCUUGAGAGUUUGAUUACUUCAGACAUCUCACAGUGGACGGAACUGCCACCAGUACUGCAGAAGCUCUGGAUUGAAAAUGCCAACACUUUGGAGUCCCUACUGGAGGAGGAAAAAUUGCAAAGCAAUACUUGUCUGAAAGAUUUGACAAUCAGAAAUUGUUCUUUUUCCAGAACCUUGCGUGGAGUUUGUUUACCCAUUACAUUGAAAUCAUUGUCUAUCUAUAAAUCAAAGAACCUAGAGUUGCUCCUACUUGAGUUCUUCAAAUGUCACUUCUCUUUACUAGAACAUUUGAACAUCUACGAUAGUACUUGCAAUUCUCUCUCGUGCUUCCCGCUCAGCAUCUUCCCAAGGUUGACUUUUCUUCAGAUCAACGAAGUGAGAGGCCUUGAAUCCCUCUCCUUUUCAAUUUCAGAGGGGGAUCCUACAUCUUUUGAUGAGCUGUUCAUCAGUGGGUGCCCUAAUCUUGUGUCUAUUGAAUUGCCAGCGCUCAACUUCUCACGAUUUUCCAUCUACAAUUGCAAGAAUCUCAAGUCGCUGUUGCACAACGCUGCAUGCUUUCAGUCAUUAACAUUGGAUGGUUGUCCUGAAUUGAUAUUCCCAGUGUAG